GCAUGGCCACGCAGGCGCAUUAACGGCACGCGGCCGAGAGCCGUUGGUUGACGGUUGGCCAGUGUCUCGCGGGCCUGACCCGACCCGAUCCGAUGUGAUCUCCAUCUCUUUGCCGGCCGCACGGUCAUCGGAGCCUCCGUGACGAGUAGCUGAGUUGGCAGGUGGGGAUAGCAGCUUGGAUGAGCACCCUGCUGAAGCUUCUCCGAUCUAUGCCAGCCCUCGGCUCGAGAGCAACAAUAAUGACCUCAGCAACCCGUGCCAUGGAUGGGCCAGUGGCAAGUGCCAUCCACCUUAAACUGGAGCAGAGCUUGACGCCCACACACUUGCAGGUCAUCAAUGAGAGCUACAUGCAUGCAGUGCCUCCUGACUCCGAGACCCACUUUAAAGUAGUGGUGGUGAGUGAGAGAUUUGAGGGGGUGCCUUUGCUGCAGCGACAUCGAAUGGUCAACGAUGCCCUGAAGCAGGAACUGGAGACGAGGAUCCAUGCUCUUUCAAUCCAGGCCAAGACACCCCGGCAAUGGGGAACCGAGCCUCAUAUUGACAGGUGCCCAGCCUGUCUGAGAGGGUCUAAACACGACCCGAAUGUGGCAGCCAAACUGGAAGCAUUUUCAAAAGACUGAGGUGCUCUGAGCAGGUUAUUUAGGCUCCAGGUCAACAGGACUGAUUAAGACAGAGGGAGUCACAGUCAUAUUGCAAACUGCUCAAAUGUUCCAACAAGGCAAUGUCAUGUGCUUCUUUUAAAUAUGGCAGUUGAUCAAGAAAAUAAAUUUGUUUGCCUUGCAAUUUCAA